GGGCGUGGCCUAAACAUGGUGCAUCAUGGUGGCAGUCUGUUGGCGCUUGCAUGCAGGAGCCAAGAGAGGGAGAGCAGUUUCUCUCUAAAUUUAACUCUAAACUCACUCUCUCUCUCUCUCUCUCUCUCUCACUCACUGUUUGUGUCUUUUGACUUCCGUGGGAGCGCCAAAGCGGAGGCUGGGCUUCAGAACGCAAGAAGAGGAGCCAUGAGGCGUCUGUGUUCGGACGCCGCCACUGCCGAAGAGGUGGGGUACCAGCUGACGCUUAUCGGCUCCGCCCCGGUCCACUGCAUGACCACCAUGCCGAUGCUGCCCUGGGUGGUGGCCCAGGUCAGCCGCGCCCGGCGGCCCCCGGGGAAGGCCGUGUCGCUGUCCGUGUCGCCGUCGCGGGUGCGCUGCGUUUUGCGGCAUGCCGAGGGGGCGCUGUGGGACCCGCUGACGCACGCCGUUCUGUUCGAGUGCCGACCGCAUCAGGUGACCAAGCUCCUCCACAACAGCCGGGAGCCCGGCAGCUUCGGGUGCCUGCUCAGGGAUGCCCCGGCCUGCGCCUGCUACGUCUUCAGGUGCGAGGAUAACGCCAGGGUCCAUGAGAUCAUCAGUACGCUGAGGCAGGCUGGCAAAAGCUCCGCUCGCACCGAUGAUGUGCCCGCCGUUCCUGACAAAACUUUGGCAGAGUGUUACCCGGGCUUCCCCCCCCUCCCCGCAGCAGGCUCUGUGGCGAAAGCCCCCACCGUGUCCCCGGCGACCUUUUCCAAAAGGUUUGAGGUGCUCUUCUGCGGCCGCGUGAGCGUGGCCCACAAGAAGGCCCCGCCCGCACUAAUCGACGAAUGCAUCGAGAAGUUCGGCCAGCUGCCUCAGGGCCCGGCGACUGCAAGGAGAGGGGUCACCGUCAGUGGGGGCUUAGUCGGUGGGCUGAAGAGAGCGCUCGCCUUCCAGUCUAACGGACUGGGUGGCAACGCCGCUGCCGGGAGCCCCACCGGUGGUAAACGGCCGCUGCUCUUCAAACGAGACCCCAGCUUCCCCUCCCUGCAGGCGCUGGACGAGAAUGGACUCUCACCGGAGCUCUCGCACGUAAACACUACUGACGCCGGCGCUCGCUCCCCUGGGGUGCAGCCCACCAGCCUGCAGGAAAACAGGACCAUGCUCUUUACGGUGGGGAGGUCACAGAUCUUCUUGGUCAGUCCGGACACGAAAAAGGUUGCAAUUGAGAAGAGUUUCCGUGAAAUAUCCUUCUGCUCACAAGGCAUCCGCCACGUGGACCACUUUGGCUUCAUUUGCAGGGAGACGGUGGAAGGAGGAAGCUGCCACUUCGUCUGCUACGUCUUUCAGUGUGCGGAUGAAUCACUGGUGGACGAGAUAAUGCUGACCUUGAGGCAGGCCUUUUCUGUGGCAGCCGUGCAGCAGAACGCAAAGAGCCAGAGCCAACAGUGUGACAGCUGCCCCAUGUUGCAGCUCCACAGGCUCUGUGAGAGAAUCGAAGGUCUAAAUGCUUCGAAAACCAAGCUGGAGCUUCAGAGACACCUGGCUGAGCUGGACAACCAAGACCAAGCUGCAAUCUUUGAAAACACUAUGAAGUCGCAUCCUAAGAGUGAGCAGGAGGAAAAUGAGCUCAUCGUGUCAGCAUUGAGGAACUUGUAUGAAGAGAGGCAGAUGAUCCAUCACCACACACUGCCUAAGGACACUAAAAAGAACGAGGAGGCACCCGCUGCACCCGUUGAGGCGCAGCAGCAAACGAGCAGUCGCCAGCGGCUGGAACAGUUCAAGAGUAGAGCCAAGCGCUCUUUAACCGAGUCCUUGGAGGGCAUAUGGAAGGGGGGCAGCAAGGCCAUCGCUCCGAGGGGCAACAGUGAAAGAAGCAAUAGUGGCUCCUCGGUCUCCUCUGUCAUUGGCCAGGACCAGUCCUGCUUAGUUGACCCCUUCCCUCCCCCUGCCCAGCUGGGACCCACCAGUCCGUUGAGGGGCCACAACUCGACAGGAGACCUGAAGCGCCUUGACCCCUAUCCCUCCCCGUCUCCCUCCCCCACGUCAGCAGGUGACAGUCAGUCGCAGGGCUUUCGCAAACGAGCCAGCACCUUCAGCCACCCCUCGACUCCCACCUCGGCCGAUCAUUCACCAGCGCUAACUUUAGCCGACACGCCAGAGCAGGACCCCGCCUCCGCUUCAAAGCUCAAGCUCUUACGACACUACUCCGUCGGCGCCGACAGACCACACCAGAGCAAACAUGUACCGUCCGACACCGCACUCCCUCCUCUUCUUAAUUGCUCCUCAUCCUCCUUUCCUCUGCUCCCUCCUUCUUCCCCUUCAUCCGGAGCCAGGCUCAGUAGGAGACGUCCUCUGGGUGGACUCCGUGCUCGACUACACUCCUCUUCCUCUGUUCCUAAUUUUUUAAAAUUUCAAUUCCUGGCCCCUGUGGAAGAAAACGACUGUCCAGAAACAAAGAGCAGUGAUCUGGCAGCCUUCUACAUAUCAAGUGCAGAAUGUGAAGUUGGGGAAAGCCCUCUGCGCCACCGCCACUCCUGGAGACAGCAGAUUUUCCUGCGAGUCGCUACACCUCAGAAAAACACAGAUAUUAACGAGCGCGGAGACUGUCUGGACGGGGUUCAUGUGUGUGGGGGCCAAUCGGUCGUUGUGGGGAGUGCGGAGUCGUCCAUGAGAGCGGUGCCUGAAGAGAGGACAAGAAAGAGCAAAGAGGAACUCCGGGAGCUAUGGAGGAAAGCCAUCCUACAGCAAAUUCUCCUGCAAAGGAUGGAGAGAGAGAACCAGAAGCUGCAGGCCUCAGAGAGCGACCUGCAGAACAAACGCCUCAAGCUGGACUACGAGGAAAUCACGCCAUGCCUAAAGGAGGUCACUCUGGUCUGGGAGAAGAUGCUGGGAACUCCUGGAAGGGCAAAGGUCAAAUUUGACACCGAAACCAUACACGCGUCGGUUACACAAGGCGUCCCCAGGCAGCAUCGAGGCGAGAUUUGGAAGUUCCUCUCCGAGCAGUUCCUGCUCAGGCAGACCGUCCCCUCGCGGCCCCCGACAACCGACAUGCCAUACAAGGAGCUGCUCAAACAACUCACCUCGCAGCAGCACGCCAUCCUUAUUGACCUAGGUCGCACUUUUCCCACUCAUCCCUAUUUCCAAGCCCAGCUGGGGGCCGGACAGCUGUCACUGUAUAAUAUUCUCAAGGCCUACUCGUUGCUGGACCCAGAGGUGGGGUACUGCCAGGGCUUGUCCUUCAUCGCAGGAGUGUUGCUGUUACACAUGGGGGAGGAAGACGCCUUCAACAUGCUCAAGUUUCUCAUGUAUGAUGUGGGACUUCGCAGACAGUAUCGGCCCGACAUGAUUAUCCUGCAGAUUCAGAUGUACCAGCUUUCACGUCUGCUCCACGACUACCACCGGGAUCUCUACAGCCACCUGGAGCAGCAGGAAAUCGGGCCCAGCCUGUACGCCACCCCGUGGUUCCUGACUGCCUUCGCCUCGCACUUCCCUCUGGGCUUUGUGGCGAGAGUCUUCGAUAUGUUGUUCCUGCAGGGGGCGGAGGUCCUAUUCAAAGUGGCCCUGAGUCUCCUGGGGAGCCACAAGCCUCUGAUCCUGCAGCAUGACAGCUUGGAGUCCAUUGUGGACUUCAUCAAGACCACGCUUCCCAACCUGGGCCUGGUGCAGAUGGAGAAAACUAUUAUCCAGGUUUGUGAGAUGGAUGUGUCCAAGCAGCUCCAGGCGUACGAGGUUGAGUACCACGUCUUGCAGGAUGAGCUCCUGGACACGCCUCCGACCCUCAAUCAACACCAGCGCGCUGCGCAGCUGGAGAGGACCAAUCAGAGCCUGCGACAGCAGAACCUGGAUUUGCUUGAGGAGCUGCAGGUGUCGUACGCCCGAGUGUGCAGCCUGGAGAGUCGCGUGGCGGCGCUGGUGAAGUCGGACGCCGAGCUGCGGGAGCAGGUCAGCGCUCUGAAGGAGGAGAAGCUGCAGCUGGUAAGCACGGCCACGCGUCUCCAGGACCUGCUCACCACCCUCGGCAUACACAGCACGCCUGACGGCUUCUGCCUGCCCCCACCCGCCGUGGAAAUACACUCCCCACUGACCACAGCGGGGGACAAGGUGGGUGCACCAGCAGGACAGGAGGACAGGACUUUGGAGUUCCUUCGCCGCCCUGUCAUAUUAGUGGAGAGGAAGGUCAAUGGACAAGGGGAGACUUUGACAUGACUUAAGUUAUUUGUUCCAACACAAAAUGUACUUCCUUAAAAGAGGAGGAGAGGAAUAUCAUAUUUAUAAAAGAAAAAAAAAAUUCAUGCACCUUGUGUGAUAAACAAGCAUAUGAUCGGACCAGCCUGUCCCAAAGAUGGCCCCCUCGCUGUAUUAGCACUUGGAUCUUGAGUCCCUGGCGCGAGAUUUGUUCCCAAAGAACGUCACGUGAGAAUGUGGACGAGUGAAGAAGUGAACUUCACGAGUAAAGUAUGUUGAUGUUGUGUCCAGAAUGACGCAAGCUGAAUGUUGGAGCCUGCUGGGAGGAAAGUCAUCCACUUCACUUUCGACUCAACGAAAACAUAGUUUUUCUGAGUAUACUCGUGCCUUACUGUAAGUCAAAGUAGACUUGUUUUUUUUUUUUGUUUUUUUUUUUUUUUGUUUUUUUUUACCUGGAAUUACCUCUCGUUUAUAAACCUUGACUGUAUUGGACACACUGUAUUCCUUCCACCGGAUGUGUGCGUGCGUGCGUGCGUGCGCGCGCGCGUGUGUGUGUGUGUGCGCGCGCGCGCGCGCACUGGUUGCAACAAAUCUAUUAAAUGUACACUGUAAAGCAGGGCUAUUCAACUAGCGGCUCAGGGGCCACACCCAGCCCGGGAAUGACCCCGCACUGGUCCCCGAGUUCAGUUCAAAACUGUGGAGGCAAAUUCGCAACUGUAACGGACAAAAUAAAUAGACCAAAAUCAAAUGCCUACUUUAGAGGACAGUGUUUUUUAGGAAAUAAGAGGAGUAGUGAAGGGAGAAGUCUGGCUCCCCGGUCUUUAGCUUUCUGGAAAUGUGGCCCCAAAACAAUUGAGUUGAAUAGGCCUGCUGUAAAGUUUUAUCCCACGCACAUUUUUUUUUGUUUUAUUUGUACUAAUGAGUAGUAUUGCACUCUAUACCUGAAUAUAUAUCAUAUCCUUUCCAAAA